AUGGGAACAUUUAACAAGGAAAAGAAUAACAGCCGCAUAGUGGGAAGGAAACGCAGGCUAUCCAGAGAAGUAUACUACACUAUUUCUGGGAUGACUUUGGGCUUGUUUCAUGUUCUGUGCGUGUCCUUCCCGUCUGUUAAACUGCAUCUGGAGACCAAAUCCGUAUCAAUAGAGUGCGCUGAUAUACUAAUAUGCGAUGGGAGGUCGUCAGAUGUCUACGAAGAAAAAAUAGAAAAAGAAGACAUAACGGACAUCAUGUACGAAUACGUCAGGAACAAUACGUACAAGUAUGCGUUCGUAAACAGCACACGAAGGGUGUUCAACUGGGUCUCUCAAGAGUACCAUCUCCCCAACGGCGCAGGAUACAUCGAAACACUCACCAGAAAAGAAAGAGAAGUGCUGUUUGGAAAAAAUGAGCUGAUCACCAGACGAGAUGGAUCCUUCCAUCUUUUCUUUCUUUCUCUGUUCGACAGCAUAAACGUCUAUACGAUGUUUGGAAUAAUACUGUGGGUCUACAUCGACUACUACAUAUAUGCCCUCAUCAUUUUUCUGCUUAUGUCGUACAACCUCGUUAACGAAGUAAGAACUGAAAUAAGAAAAAACGAACAGUCUGAUAGAAUAUCAAAAACAAAAAAAAAUUCGUUUUUGCUGCUGCAGGAGAAGAACAAGCCAUCAGAGAUAGUGCUAGUGCAGGAGACAGAUAUAGUCAUGGACGACACGCUCGUCUUUAUUCCGUACUCUGAAGUGCCGUGCGACUGUGUCGUAGUAGAUGGAACAGUGGCUGUGGACGAAGGGUUUGUGACAGGCGAGUCUGUGCCUGUGCUGAAGAAAAAGAACGCAGAGAUAUUGGCAGGAUCAGUUAUUCUGCAGGCGAUCAUUGAGAGCACCCCGGGGCAGUACGAGAUAAACCAUCCAGAGCUGCAGAAGUUCAUAGACUCGAACAACUAUUGUCUUGUGAAGAGUGUGAGAAUAUCGUACGGAUCAGCCCGGGGGAAGGCGUUCAGGAAUCUAGCAGAGCAGAAGCUCACAAGGCCUCCUGUGUAUUUUGACACAAUGAAGAUCAUUAGCAUCAUUGCUGUUAUUAUGGUUCCAUGCGGCAUCUCUGUGUUUGUGUACCUGCAGUCCUUUUUGCCUGCACACAUUCUAAUACUGUACAUAUUCGAUUUGGUGUACGCUUUGGUUUCUCCGUCGCUCCCCACAGCCAUUUGGAUAGGAAUGGCAAUGUGCUCAAGAAGGCUUCUAAGGAAGAAUAUUCUGUGCAAGGACAUUUCGAUAAGCAAUGUGGCAGGAAACAUCAGCAAAGUGUGCUUUGACAAAACAGGCACUCUGACGGAAGAAGGGCUGGACAUAAAGUGCAUAAAUGUGAACGGUGUGGAGGUUUCAUCAAUUGAUGAAAUAUCAGACCCACUUGUAAGGCAGGGUAUCAGCCUGUGCCACUCGGUAGAGAAGAUAGGAGACAGACUGGUUGGUGACCCGUUGGAUAUAAAAUUGCUCCAGUUUGCAGGAGGCAGUGUGGAAUACUCGUCGCACAUGCAGAAGAUCCAGAGAACAAUACAUGCACAAGAGAAGAAAGUAGGCAUAAUCAGAGAAAUAUUUGACUUUGACCCAAAUAUCAGAAGAAUGACAGUUAUUUCUGAAAUCAAUGGGCAGCUGUACGCAUUCUCCAAGGGAUCAACCGAAGCCAUCAGGGACAUAUGUGAAACGCCCCUAUUAGUCACCAAUAGAACGGAAAAUAGUGAUAGAGAUAGAAAUACGCUAGAAAUAAGCAAUGAUGAUACAAUAGAUGGACAUAUCAGCCCUUCUAUAUUACUAGAUAGAGAUACAGCAGAUAGCAGUAUAAACAGGAAUGAAACAGACAGCAAUCUAAACAGGAAUGAAACAGAUGAAAAUGAAAUAGAGAGUAGUUCUAGCCUGAUAAAUAGUAGUCAAGUGAGCAAUAAUGACGAGCUAGUAAGCAAGUACACCCGUGCUGGGUAUAGAGUUAUAUCUCUAGCGUAUAAACCAGUGAAUGAAGUGCAUGUGGACAGAGAGGAUGCAGAAUGUGCAUUGCAUCUGCUGUGCACUAUAGUGUUCGAAAAUAAGCUGAAAUUGAACUCUAGAGACACGAUUAAUAUCCUCACGCAGGCCGGAAUAUCGAGCAUAAUGUGCACAGGCGAUGCCCUGUUCACUGCUGUAUCUGUGGGGAUGCACUGCGGAAUAGUUGAGCACCAUGUCCCUGUGAUAUAUCCUGUCGUGCCAUCUGGCGCCAAACUCUGCAUUGAUGCAGUAGAGUGGGCAUGCAUCAACGACAAUGUUGUUUUUGACAAAGUGCUGAUGAAGGUAAGAAAGGGACAUGACUACAGCUCGUAUAUUGACUAUGCCGUGGCGAUAGAAGGCCAUCUGUUUGAUGUUCUGAUGAAAUCAAAAGAGUACAAAAGUCUACUCCAAAAAAGAUGUAAGGUUUUUGCCAGAAUGAAUCCUUUCCAGAAAAGCUCGGUGGUGGAAAUGUACAGAGAAACAGACUUGGUGUGUUUUGUAGGGGAUGGCGCAAAUGACUGCAAUGCCAUACAGAGCGCAGAUGUAGGGGUCUCUCUUCUCUCCAGCUCAGACAGCGCUGUAGAGUACUGUGCGUCCUCCUAUAUUUCGUACGGCAAAGAAGUGUCGUGUCUCAUUGACAUAAUAAAAGAGGGAAAAUGUGCCCUCAAUACAACCCUCAGCAAAAUAGAGCAGAUUCUGAUCAUAACGAUCUCCCAGUUCAAUGCUCUCUUCAUUCUCCUAUUUAGGCGCCUGUUCAUGUCUGAUAUGCAGAACAUUUACACCGACAUUCUCAUAAACAUUCCGCUUUCUUUGGUCAUGUCUCGCUUCCAAUGCGCGCAGAAACUGUCCAGAAAAAAACCCAAGAAAAGGCUCCUUAAAAAGUCAGUUAUAUACGGAAUAUUCAUCCACUGCAUGACCCACUGUGUCCAUCUGUUCAUUCUCAUGCAGUACAUGCACUAUCUGCACCACACGAACAGUUUGCCGCCCAGAACAAACAGACUUUCGGAAACAUCACAGAUGGCAUCGGGGAUAUUUCUUAUUUCAAACAUACAGGCCCUGUACUCUGGCCUUGUCUACACGCCAGGUGCUCCAUUCAGAGAGAGAAAGAGAGGCAACAAGAUGUUUAUUCUGUUCUAUGCGUUCCACUGCGUAAUGAUAUCUUUUUUACUGGGGUGUGUGAGCGGUGCAAAGUUUGCCGAUGGAUACGUCUGGAGAAAGGGAAGAGAAGUGUUUGAUCUUCUUCCUCUAUCAGGAGCUGCAGUCUUCGGAAUAGUUGGUCUCUCCAUCUCAGACGGGCUGAUAAUAAGAAUGCUGACAUCCGUGAUAAGCAUCCUCCGAAGUACAUAG